GGAAUCCUGGGCUGCCGAACUGCGUCUGCUGGGAAACUCUUGGGUUCCCUGCGCGUGGAGCCCAGCCCCGGGCGAGUAGGGCGGGGGGUCCCACGAGACCUCCACCGCCCCUCGGCGCUAACGGGACCUCGCGGGGCGCGCCGUCCUCGGAAGGCAGUCCCCGGCCCGCGGCCCCCCGUUGGCCCCGCGCGGCGGGCUCGGGACUUAGCAGAGGGAGGAAGCAGAGGGGCCGCUUUCUCCCCUCGGAGUUGGAAGCGCCUUUCCCAGGUUCAAAAUGCCCAAGAAGAAGCCGACGCCCAUCCAGCUGAACCCGGCCCCAGACGGCUCCGCGGUUAACGGGACCAGCUCGGCGGAGACCAACCUGGAGGCUUUGCAGAAGAAGCUGGAGGAGCUGGAGCUCGAUGAGCAGCAGCGGAAGCGCCUUGAGGCCUUUCUUACCCAGAAGCAGAAGGUGGGGGAACUGAAGGACGAUGACUUUGAGAAGAUCAGUGAGCUGGGUGCUGGCAAUGGUGGUGUGGUGUUCAAGGUCUCCCACCAGCCGUCCGGCCUGGUUAUGGCCAGAAAGCUAAUUCACCUGGAGAUCAAACCUGCGAUCCGGAACCAGAUAAUAAGGGAGCUGCAGGUUCUACAUGAGUGUAACUCCCCAUACAUUGUGGGCUUCUAUGGUGCAUUCUACAGCGAUGGAGAGAUCAGCAUCUGCAUGGAACAUAUGGAUGGGGGUUCCUUGGAUCAAGUCCUGAAGAAAGCUGGAAGAAUUCCUGAACAAAUUUUAGGAAAAGUUAGCAUUGCUGUAAUAAAAGGCCUGACAUAUCUGAGGGAGAAACACAAGAUUAUGCAUAGAGAUGUCAAGCCUUCUAACAUCCUAGUGAACUCUCGUGGGGAGAUCAAGCUCUGUGACUUUGGAGUCAGCGGGCAGCUCAUCGACUCCAUGGCCAACUCCUUUGUGGGCACAAGGUCCUACAUGUCGCCAGAGAGACUCCAGGGGACUCAUUACUCGGUGCAGUCGGACAUCUGGAGCAUGGGGCUCUCUCUGGUUGAGAUGGCGGUUGGGAGGUAUCCCAUCCCUCCUCCAGAUGCCAAGGAGCUGGAGCUGAUGUUUGGGUGCCAGGUGGAGGGAGAUGCGGCUGAGACACCACCCCGGCCAAGGACCCCUGGGAGGCCCCUUAGCUCUUAUGGAAUGGACAGCCGACCACCCAUGGCAAUUUUUGAGUUAUUGGAUUACAUAGUCAACGAGGUGCUGCCUGAGCUGGAGCAUGCCUGGUGGUUGCAUAUACCCCUAGCUGCUGCUGUUAAUUGCUGGCUAUUUCCAUGCCACAUUCCAAGAUUUACUGUCGUAGAGUGUGAGGUGGAAAGGGUCAUGAGGCCCUCCUCAUUUUACAGAAGGGUAAACGGAAACUCAAGAGGAACAGUGAUUUGUCAGUAAUUAACAAGUGAGUGGUUCUAACUGGUUUGAGACCAGUGGUUCCACCACAGUGACCCAGCAGCCAGCCAUUGGCCCCGACCCUUGACCUUUCCUUGACUGGAUAAGGGCAGCACUGCCCAGAGACAGGGUUGGGGAGGAGAGAUGCCUGGGGCAGGAAGCCAAACAUUUAUUUUAUUAAAGAUUUGUCACUAUGUAUUUAUUCCUCACCUGAGGAUAUGCUAUUCGUUUUGAGAGAGAGGAAGGGAGAAAGAAACAUCGAUUGGUUGCCUCCUAUAUGCACUCCUCUACCAGGGAUCGAACCCAAAAUCUGGGUAUAUGCCCUGACUGGGAAUUGAACCCGCCUCCUUUUGGUGUAUGGGAUGACACUCCAAGCAACUAAGCCACACUGGCCAGGGCAGGAGGCCUGACAUUUCUUAUGUGUUGACAUGU